UACCUGCGCUGGGUCCGGCGGGAACCGCGGCGCGGCGGGCAGAGGGCGGCGCCGGGCGGCGGGCGACAUGUUCCAGGGCCCUGAGAGCGAGGGCGGCCGCGCGGGCUCCGGGGCCAUGAAGCCUCCGGGGGGAGAACCGAGCAACCUUUCUGGAAGCCCGGAAGAAGCUGUUCCUUCAAGCAGGCCUAACAGGAUGGCGUCUAAUAUCUUUGGACCAACUGAAGAACCUCGGAACAUACCCAAGAGGACAAACCCCCCAGGUGGGAAGGGAAGUGGCAUCUUCGACGAAUCGACUCCGGUGCAGACUCGGCAGCACCUGAACCCCCCUGGUGGGAAGACCAGCGACAUUUUUGGCUCCCCAAUCACUGCCGCUUCCCGUGUGGCACACCCAAACAAACCCAAGGAUCACGUUUUCUUACGUGAAGGAGAAGAACCAACAUUGGACCUUAAAGCUGUGAUGAGCGUCCCACCCGGAGCAGAGGCGGGCGAGAGAGGCAGCGCCAGGGAAGCCAGCCACGCCGCGGAGCAUGGGCCCACGGCCAAGGUGGACAGCCAUGAGCCCAGGCUGGGGCCGCGGCCUCGCUCGCACAACAAAGUCCUGAACCCACCAGGAGGCAAAUCCAGCAUUUCCUUCUACUGAAACCAUUACCGCCUGACCAUAGCCAGACAGGAGAGUCGGAGUAGCAAAUACUGUCGUUUCCUUUAGCCCAAGCGAGCUGGGGGGGAGAGGGUGAGUCGUGUGUGGGAGGCUGGCGGCUCGGGGUCCCCGCUGACGCCACGAGAGCCGCCCGGAGGACCCUGCCUUCCAGACUGUGGGAGACGUGUCCCCACAGGGAUACAGUGCGAUCCCCCUGGUUUUCACUCCUUCCUGGUUCCAGACGCGAGAGGGACCCUGCGGUGGCCCAGGGUGGGGAGGUGGUGCAGGGCCGCGGAAGGCUCGGUGAAGCCAGGCGUCCUGUGCCAGCCGAUGGGACACCCGGGAAGGACGGGAAGGAAGCAACAGCCCGUCCUCUGGGGGGGGGGCAGUGCAAACCGCGUAGACACUGACAAGGCGCUGGGAGGGCAUCCGGACGACCCCCUCGGAUCCUGAUGCCAGUUGCCCCCCACCACGCUCCCCACCCCAGACCCCUGCCGAGCCCAGCAUCUCCUGUCCAUUUUAUCCCCACUGUAUUUUUUUUUUUUUUGCAGACUUUUCUUAAAGUAUUUUGAUUGCUUCUCCUUAGCAGCUUUCAGAAGAACCAAAAAGUUGUCCUCAGUCUUCUGCUUUGUGGAAGGUUUUAGGCCCUAAUCCUCCGAGUUGCCCAUUUCCGCCGCCCAGAGCCCCAGCCCGGCUCACGCAGGGAUCCGCCCUUCUCUCGCAAGGGCCGGCCGUGGCCCUUCUCCUGCCAGUUUUGCUUGUGAAUUGUUCCUUUUCUUCUCCCAUCAGCCUUAAGUCCAGGCCUUUGUUCUUCUCCCGGGACGUGGACAGUUCCCUCACAAGCCACGGUUCUCCCGUAAGUGCGCCCCACUGACCUUGGCAGGACUUGGAAACUGCUCACACGUGUCUGAGUAAGGGGCUUAUGUAACUUCUCCCAUGUCUUGCUUUAUUCGAGCAAUUGGUUGGUGGGAAGAAUCGAUGCUUGAGAACCUUGGAUUCUUUAAUACCCGAAAAGCUAUUUUUAAACGCCAGCUUUACAGAAAUGACUAUUGAUUCUGGUCUGUUCCUGACACCUUUCCAGAAAAAAGUCACUUGCUCAGGUACACCAAAGAGGAACAAAAACUGCUUAGACCACCCUCUGUAAAGCUUUGCAGAACCUCUGGACCAUGGUCACAAUCGUCUGGAAGAGAUUGGAGACCUGAGGCCAGGAGGUGAGGUGGUUUAGCAGCAGUCACGGCUGUUCAGUCCCCUGACACUUGCCAGCGAGGACAGUGGGCUGGCAGGAGCGGUGCUGCUCCUCUGUCAGGCAGAAGUCCCUCCCGUUCACCCCGAAAGGGCUGCGGUUUGUGCCCUGCUUCCCUUGGGCGGGUGUCUGUCUGCAGAGAAGAACGUCUGGGUGGUGGUCGCUGUUGCUCUGAGUGCCUACAAAGCUAACGCCUGGUGCUAGAAACAUCAUCAUGAUUAAAAUUUCUUAAUAGAAAAGCAACAACUGUUAGUCAGGCUCAUGCCGGCUACCUGCUUCAGUGCCUGCAGGAACUGCCUGUCGAGCCCACUUCCUGUGUGGCACGUGGGGGCAUCUGCACGAGGCUUUGUCAACCAAAGACAGUCCCCCCCCCCCUUCGACUGCCCUGCAGACUCUGGAGCCAAGAAGCAGUCAUUCCACGCGACUCUGUCGCACUUCAAAUGGUUUGUGGUUCAGUCACUUACAAGAGAGUGAUUAGGAAUUCAGAGCGUUUUCUUUCCCGUUUAAAAGUCAUAAAUGGUAGUAAACUUUUUAAGCCCAAACACACUAAUUUGUUUUACUUAAAAGGAAAUAGUCUAAUGGUAGAAAUGAACGACCACUUACAACUCUUUGUAAUGAGAGAACGGUUUGUGAGUCCGCGGUGGGCUGCCACGAAGAGACCCGACGUUACCCUGCUGGCCCCUGCCUGUCUCCCUCAUGCCCUGCGGGGAGCUCUAACUCUAGUUCUGCCCACUGGCGGGCACUUCGGGUGGGGAAGGGAGAAGCCAGGGAUGAGAACAAACAUCUUGGGGAGCGAGGAAACCGUGAACCAGAGCAGGCCCCUGGGCAGCCAUGACAGAAGUCACCUCACUCUUUUCCCAUCUUUCCUGCCUUUGCUGAGGCUGCGGGGCUGGGCUGAGUCCUGGGCAGGCUGGUCACGGGAGAAGGCCGUCACUGCACACGUGAGCCCCACCAUGGUUGCCAUUUGCAUGUGGAAGGUGUUCUAUACCUUGGGGACUGACUGUACUUGGAAGAUUAAAAAAAAUAGCAUCCUGGUUUCAACCUCUAAGCUGCAUUGAGAAAUUACUACUCUGUAUUUUGAUUAAGCCUUAAAACUUUUAAGUGCAUUUGGUGCCAACGUUUUUCUAGCGCUGUAUCUAAACAAACCUAUACUCAUAUCUUAAUGUAAUUUUGAUAGGAACAUUUUUGUUAUUUUUACAAGGCAGAAUUGGGUAUAACAGUUGAAUUAAACUUAGCAAUCACGUA